AUGGGCAGCUCCGAGCCACGGGAGGUGAGGAGUGAGGCAACGUCUGCCGAGAAACUGUCGAAGGACGCGACCUCUCCUCCUCCUACUCUUCCCUCUGCCCCAGACCCUUCCACCGACCCCGGGGUGGUCCCUCCGCUCGCAUCACCUCCACCCGAUGAUGGGAGCAUGCCAGAAAACCUAGACAUCUUCGGUCUCUCACCAGUGGCUGCUCUGAAGAUGCUCUGCAGAAGCAUUGACUCUCUAGUCAAGCUGACCGGGGAUAUACCUCCGACACCCCCAGUCAGAAGCAGAAAUGGCUCACCUGUGCACUCGCCGUCUCCGGGAAGCAGAUCGAGGAACGCGUCGAAGGAGAACAUUGCCUUUUCGGCCGGGCAGAAGAAGGAGGUUCCAGAAACCGCUAUAGGGAGUCCAGAAGCCCACCAGAAUGAGCCCAUACAUGUCGUUGGGGCGCAUGCUGAGCCAGUCCACAUCCAGCAGGGUGCUAUUGCACGGAAAUUCUAUUCGAAGAGGCCGCCUCCUAUUUCCACCGAAGCAUACCUGAUGCGCAUGCAUAGAUACUGCCCAAUGUCUACCGCUGUCUAUCUCGCCACAAGCCUCUACAUCAACCGUCUAGCUGUGGUAGAAAGAGUGAUUCCUGUCACACCUCGCAAUGUGCACCGGCUUCUGCUGGCAGGUCUACGGGUAGCUAUGAAAGCUCUGGAAGAUCUGAGUUAUCCGCAUAGUCGAUUUGCCAAGGUCGGAGGAGUAAGUGAGGUGGAGCUUGGAAGGCUGGAGAUAACUUUCUGUUUCCUCACCAAUUUCGAACUCAAGGUGGACUCGGAAAUGCUGCAAGAAGAAGCCGACGCUGCGUCACUUCGAGAGGGCGAAGCGGUCCAGGAACUGCCUGCAGGUCUCCAGCUGGUAUUGCCCAAGGGUGAAAAGAGGAAGGCCUCCUCGGCGCUGCCUACCAGACCUCUCAUGCCGGCGGUGGAAGCGACAUCGUAA